AUGGACUUAGGAGAUAUUCAGGCAGCUAUCGACACGCUGAUCCUGGAACGAGGACAUCAGAGUUAUGAAUCUUGGUUGAAUCGUUUCCUUUCAAGCAACAUCACUUGUAAAAAUGCAAAGGUCAUUGAUGGUUCCUGUAUGUUAGAAUUUGCCAGGAAGACUCAUCCUGCUCCAGUAUGCCAGGAUUUUGCGGAAAAGCCCAGCGAUGGUCCGAUAUUCGACAAGGCUUUUAAGUUGUUAGGUUAUUACAUAUCUACACCAGCAAAUAUCACUAUAACCAUGGAUUCCUACGACGUUGAAACUGUAGCAGAGAGAAUCGAGAAGAACUGUAAGCAGAUAGAAGUCAUGGGAGGUGGGCAGAUUCAGUAUACGGUAGUUAAAUAGCA